AUGGCCGAACAAACUGAAACUCUGUCAUCCACUGCUACUACUGCCACAACUACAACCACAACUAGUAGCACACCAUUGAAAACAAUGGUUGUCAUCGGAGGUGGUUAUUCUGGUCUCAGUUUUAUUCAAUCUAUCAGAGAAAUUGAAAAACAAGAAAAACAAUACAAAAUUAUAUUAAUUACAAGAGAGGAUUUUUGUAGUAGACCUAAUUUAUUCUUCCGAUUCAAGUUUUUGCAAUGGCAUUCCAAGCAUUUGGAUUAUUUUGGAGGAAUUCAUUUAAAUGGAGAGAAUAAUAGUUUUAUUACAAAAUAUGGUGUGGAUCAAGUGUUGUUUAAUACUUCAGUUUUUGAUAUUAAUAAUGUUGAACAAGUUAUUAAAUAUAAAACUGUUGGAAGUGAUGAUGAGAUUUCACUUCAUUAUGAUACACUUUGUUUAUGUAUUGGCGGAAAGGCUCAUGUUGUUAAUUAUCCAACAGAAGUUUCAAAUGAGAAGAGUGUUAUAGGAUUGAAUAGAGAACAAUUAAUUGUUAAUUUUGGAGAAAUUCAAUCACAAAUAUCGAAUUAUUUAUAUAUUAGAAAUAUUGAACAAGUUGAAUAUAUUCAUCAAUUGAUGAAACAAUUAUAUGAUUAUUAUGAAAGUAAUGAAAAUAAUUUAGAUCAUAAUAGAAUUGUUAUUAUUGGAAGUGGUACAUUAUCUAUUGACAUUGUUAGUCACAUUAUUGAAGGUUAUGAAGCAAUUGAAAAGUUGUUGAAUGGCGAAGCUUCUGCACAACCUUCAAAGCAAACCAUUGAAGAAGUUUGGAGCAUUAAGAAUACCAACAUUCUACCAAAGAUUACCAUAAUUGGUAGAGGAAAACAUUUGGGAAAAUCUCUUCUCCGUGACGAAGCUGCUUGUGAUAUGAUUUUAAAGUUAGCUAAGGAGAAAUAUGGAAAAUAUCUUGAUAUUCAAUUAGAAACUCAAGUGGAGAGUAUUUUAUAUAGUGAUGUUAAUAAUCUUGCACAUAGUGUCAAGACAAGUAAUGGAAUUAUUCCAUGCUCUUUGAUUGUUCAAGCUGUUGGUGUUAAUAGUGAAACCAGUCUUGCAACUAAAUGUUUGGAUGCAUCACUUGGUGUCAAUGGUGGUAUUUUAGUGGAUGAACACUUCCAAAUUCAUACAAAUAAUUCAACAAUAGUUCCAAAUAUUUACUGUAUUGGUGAUUGUGCAGAAAUAACCACACAAGAAGGAAAGACCAAUGUUUGGAAAAAUUGGACUAGUGCUAGAGAACAAGCCAGUGCCUGUGCACAUCACAUUCUUUCUAAGAAGAAUUCCAAGCUCUUCUUCUCUCAAACUCCAAAAUUUUUUGGACUUCACAUUACUUGCCUAGGAGAAUAUGAUUCUACCGAUUCAAAUUUACAAACUAUAGUAAUUGAUGAACAAAUUCAAAAGAAUAUCUAUAUGAAAUUCCUGUUCAAUACAAUUGGAGAACAAUACCAAUUAAUUGGAGCAUUAAUUAUUGGACCUAACAUGAAUGAAUACAAAUUAGGAUUGAAUUUCCUCCAACUUCUUAAGGAACAUGUAUAUUUACCUAAGGCAAUCAUCAACAACACUCAAUUGUUGGCAUUGAAUUUUAAUAUUAAUUAUUGGUCUAAAUUAAUGAGUUUGGUUAAGGCAAGAAAGAAGGAUACACCUUUCGAAACACCAGAAGAAAUUGAAAAACUGUUAUCUGAGCUGACAGCUGCCAGUGAAAAGAAAGCCACACCUGCAGUUAAUCCUCUUGCAAAGAAAAAGUUUGUCAAUCCACUUGAAAAGAAAAAACAAGCAGCUGCUUCCUCUACAUCGUCACCAUCAUCAAACGAUACAGUACAUAUGUUGAAUAUUUCACACAAGCAAAAAAUGUCAUCAUUACGAAACCUCAUCAUCUUUCUAUCGAUUGCAAUUCUUGUAGCGGUCUUGCUUCCAUCAGCAUUGGCCCACAAUACACAAGAAUCAUCAUCAUCAUCGACACCAUCAUCUUCAGGUGAAGAAGUACAAAAGAAGAAUUAUAAUGAUGAUCCAUCCUUUACAUUUGAUCCUCAUCCAUUCCGAUAUAUAUUCACAGACUUUUUCAAAUGUGAUGGUAAUGUGACUGCUAUUAGAACUUUCCUUGUUGUCUUGUUGAGUACAGCUAAAACAAAGGAAGCAAAACUUGCUCUUGUUGCCAAGCAAAAGGACAGAUUCCUCGACUUGUUGAUCAACUCUUCUGAAGAAUUGAAAACACAACCACAAAGAGUUGAAGAACACAAGAAGGAAUUUGAAAAGUUGACCGAAUUAAUUUUCAGCGUAGAAUUGGAGACUGGUAAAGUUUGUCAAUAUGUCUACGAUACAGUAUUUACAUAUGAUCAAACCAAGUUGGGCAGAAAAGUAGUCAAUAGCAUGGAGGAAUAUAAGAAGGCUGUUGAAGAAGAACAAGAAAGGAAGAAGAAAAAGAUUGAAGAGUUGUAA